AUGGCGAUGAGCUAUCUAACUGAAAGCGAAGCUCCCCGGGACUUCAGGGUCUCCUCCACAGAGAGCGAUGGACAUUAUACAAAGUGUAUUCUCUGUUACACCGUGAAAAAAAACUUUUAUUGUGCUGAAUGUGUUAAAAACGGAAACUUUGUACAUUCCUCCGUUCCCUACUCGGAUAGAUAUUCAGAGAAACAAGUGAAACUGAUGCGUAUGAAAAUAAACAGACAGUAUGUGUUAGAAAGGUGUGAGAUGUUGUUAGCACCAAAGAUGAAGAAAGACAUGCUUGUAACAGAAACAAAACAGUCAAGAGACAAAAUUGACUUAAUAAGACUAGCCAUCGAACAACGAAGAAGUAUCAUCGAGAUGCGGAAGAAGGAGUUGUUAGAACUAAAAGCAUACAAUAGUGAAUUGAAAUCAAAAAUGCCUAGAUACCAGAAGAGAGUAUCGAGUCUCGGAAAACAUGCUCAAGCCCAACGAUUAGAAUUACAAACUAAGAUAUGUUUAUAUAACGACCAGGCUCAGUCAUUAGCAGCUUUACGGAGAUCCAGGAUUAGACAGUUAACAAGAUAUAUAUUCCCCAUAUAUAUGAGCUAUGACUCAAGUGACAGUAUAGAGGACAUGGAGUUUGUGGGUUCGGACAUAGAGGAGGAGCCUCCCAAGAGACCCCAGCUACAUAUAGUGGCGCCCUGGAUCGACAUAGACGCUGACUACUCACACAUACAAGCAUGGGCUGUCUCUCAGAGUAAGGAGGCAACAUCAACGUCGUCAACAAGCGCGGCGGCCCAGCGAGCCCGCGCGGCGCUGGGUCUGUCCGCGCAGCUCGUGGCGCUGAUGGCCUGGACGCUGGACGUUAGGCUGCCGCACGCUAUUACACUCAGUGAGUACAGCGACCCCCGCAGCUGGCGCAGCUGUGUGUGCCGUGCUCGUGCUGGUGCGGCGUCGUUAUCUGCGCGGGCGUCCCUCCCUCCUCCCCCUCCCCCGCCUCUCGCCCCGCUGGCUCCUCUCGCCGCUCUACACUCCAUAGCGCUGGCGGCCGCGGCCGAUGACCCCGAGCUGGGCACUGUGGAGGCGGGUCCGUCGGUGUGGGCGGCGAGCUCGGCCUGGCAGGAGACCAGCGCCCCGGACGACCUCGACGACCACGAGCCGCCCGAACACCUCACCUGGCCCGAGGACGGACAGAUGGAGGAGGUGUCGGUGUCUCCGCCAGUGGCUCCCUCGCUGGUGACGUCAGCGGCCGCCUCGCUGGCAUCCAUCGCCUCCGUGUGGCGAGGCUGGACCAAGUAA